AGCGAAAUCAAUUACACUGGCGGUAAGGCAAAGGUAGUUGGGUUGAGGUUGGAAGAGGAAAGGGGACAGUAAUGGACUCCAAUUUCUUGGGCCUCACUGCCAUUGUUACCUUGGGUUAUCAGUUUAUAUUUUUCGUUAUCACAGCACUCCUCAAGUUUGAUAAAGUUACUGACUUUGCGGGAAGUACAAAUUUCAUUGUACUUGCUAUUUUGACCUUGGUACUAAAGGGUUCAUGGUACUUUCGACAGGUGAUUUUGUCUCUGCUUGUAGUGAUAUGGGGCCUUCGAUUGGGGCUAUUUCUAUUAAUGAGGAUAUUACAGUGGGGGGAGGACAGACGUUUUGAUGACAAACGUGACAAUCUUGGAAAACUGGCAAUAUUUUGGAUACUUCAGGCAAUCUGGGUAUGGACUGUUAGUUUACCAGUGACAGUUGUUAGUGCAAGCGACAAGCAGCCUCCUCUUCAGGCUCAAGACAUCAUUGGUUGGAUUAUGUGGUCUAUUGGGAUUUUGGUUGAGAUUACAGCUGACCAACAAAAGUUGGCAUUCAAAAACUCCCCAGAAAACAGAGGAAAGUGGUGUACUGUUGGCCUUUGGAAAUAUUCACGUCAUCCAAACUAUUUUGGUGAGAUUUUUCUUUGGUGGGGAGUUUUCCUGGCUUCCACACCGGUGUUGGAGGGCGCUAAAUGGCUUGUUGUGUUUGGACCAGUGUUCCUUACCUUGCUGCUUCUUUUUGUUAGUGGCAUACCCUUACUUGAGGCAUCAGCUGACAAGAAGUUUGGAAAUGUUGCUGCAUACAGAUCAUAUAAGAGAAAAACUAGCCCUCUUAUUCUGCUGCCUCCUGGAGUGUAUGGGAAUCUUCCUCAAUGGUUCAAAGCCAUACUUCUUUUUGAGUUUCCUUUGUACAGUCGCAAUCUUCCCCAAGAAGAGCUAAGCUGGAAUAGAAGAAGCCAGCAAGGAAGCAGAGUAGAACCGAAGAUUAGUUGACUGCUUAAUUUCUAGGAUUUCAUACUAGUGCAAAAAGUUUGCUAGCUGGUCGAUGCACAUAUGCUGGAAAACUGUUUCACUUAAUUAUUACCACGUCCUCUUUUGGCUGCUCAAAUUCCCUAUUUAACCUCUUCCUCAUUGUGUAUUUCUGUUCAAUAAUGUAAAUCUUUUGAUCAAACCCGAUCUCUUUGGUUGUGUUAGUUAAAUGUCUCCAAACUUCUCUUGCUUUGUUCCCCAAUUGUAUUUUGGAUUGAUCAUUGCAUUCGCAUAGUCGAGUAAACUCGUACAUAGCUUGCUUAGUGUUCACUGACAAUAAAGCCGCAGUUCAAAGUUCAUA